UGCAUUUCCACAAAUCAGGAAUUAUGAACACAGAAACUAACAGGAAAACAAUGAUACAGCACCCAACAGAUUCAAAUGGGAGGAGGAAAACUUUGCCAAAAAAUAGUUCUUGCCCAAGUUUGUUUGCAGAAAUGCAUCUGGAAAUACAUCCAAAAGAAAAUGAAAGAAGGAAAGUUCCUGCUAAUACAUAUUGUACUGACAAACAUUUCACAAAGAGGGGACAGGAUGAGUUAAAAUCAUCCUCCAAACUAUCUGAUGCGGAUGAAGAUGCUUAUGAGACAGUAAGUUCUUCCACUCUGGAGGCUGUCCAAGAUCUGAGAAUCCUUCCUCCCAAACCUCAACAGGAUUCCGUAUACGCAGAUAAACAUUGUCUGAAGCCUUCAGGUACUACCCACACAAGCAGUCACCCACCUCAGCCCACUCAGUACUUGCCUAAACAUACGUCUGCUCUAGAGGCGAGGAGCGUGUCAAAUGUUGAAGGAAAAAGAGUGAAAACACACGGACUCCAGAAACCCUUGCCUCCCCCACGGCCUCUGAAGACACUGCCAAAACAGUAUCAUCCACUUCCUCCAGCACCAGAGAAAAGCAGCCAUGUCCUCCACACCAGGGAAACACCCAGCCAGUCUCAUACUUCUUCAGUAUCAGCAAAGCCCACAAGGCAUCUAUCUUUUAGAGACCUGAAUGAAGCAUCUGGAAGAGAUAAAGAUACAAAAAAGAAACUUGAAUUGAUUGUACAAGAUCAACAGUAUAAAGCAAAGUAUCUUCCUAAAACCAGCUUUCAAUACACGCAGAGCUCCAAAAACGUUUGCAGUUCAGGGUCCACUGUAAAUGCAGAGAAUGUGUCAGUCAAGAGGUCACCGCCUCCCAUACGCUACACAGCAUGUGAAAAUAAACCGAAACAUUCAUUUGUAAAAGAGGAAAUGGAAUAUAUUGCCCAACCCACCCAAAAGGACUUAAACAAAUAUGAAUGGUAUGUGGGAGAAUACGAUCGCCACGAAGCGGAGGCAGCACUGCUGGAGGAGAACACUGAUGAGACUUUCUUGAUUAGAGAUUGUUCAAAGAAAUCAAACACUGAACCAUAUGUUUUGGUUGUCUAUUAUGGAAGAAGAGUAUACAACAUUAAAGUACGUUUUCUGGAAGACAGUCAACAGUAUGCACUGGGAACAGGGCUCAGAGGAGACGAUAAAUUUAAUUCUGUGAAAGAUAUAAUUGACUUCUAUAAAUAUGUUCCCAUCACACUCAUUGAUGGAAAGGAUAAAACAGGAGCCCAAAGAGUACAAUGCUACCUUACACAUCCAUUAAAGCUGUGCAAAAGACGCAUCUUACCUUAACAUCACCAACUUUUGAAUAAAUAUAAAUAGAACAAUUAUUUAAAUGUGUAAGAAGCCAGGUUAACCUUUGAGUGAUCAGCUCUCCAUAUUACAAAGACUUCUGUAUGUUCUACUACAUCUUCUCUCCAACUUGUAUUAUAGCUCCAAUUUUGAAUUCCUGCAAUAUGUUUUUAUCUAGAAGAUGUAACAAAACUGAGGACAUAGGUAAAGCAUAUGUCAUUGUAUUAACUCACAUACAAGCAUUAAGAGACUGACUCCUGAUACUCUGACAGUGGUUGAGCAAUUUGCUUAUCUUGCUUUGUACCUAACACAAGAUGAAAAUCAAACUCAGUCUUGCUUACUUGAGUGUCACUGAAGCUCAUUCAGUAGCAAAACCCAAUAAAAUAUUCUGAAUU